AUGCUGGCCAAGCUGUCUCUUUUUGCUCUGCUGUCUGCCGCAGUCUUGGCGACUCCCCUUAGGGAUGCUAGAGCCCCGGCAGCUGCCCUCGAUGAGAGAGCCGUGGCCGUGACUGCGGGUGAUCUGGCCAACUUUGAGUACUACGUCCAGGUGGUAGCAGCAACCUCUUGCAAUAGUGAGCCCGGUGCCCCUAUCACCUGUAGUGCAGACGCCUGUCCCGAUCUCCAAGCCAACGACGCAAAGAUCGUUACUACCUUCUCUGGCUAUACCACUGGCAUAGAAGGCCUUGUUGCCUUAGACCCCGUGAGACAGUUAAUUAUCGUAGUCAUCCUUGGCUCUAUCAAUGUCCGUAACUGGAUCACCGAUUUCGUUUUUGUCUUUGAGGACUGUGACUUGGUGGAAGACUGCAAAGCUCACGCUGGCUUCCUUACUGCCUGGAAAGAGGUCAAGGGGGAAAUCUUGGAUGCUGUCAACGCAACCAAGACUGCCAACCCUAGCUAUACCGUCGUCGCGGUUGGCCACUCCCUUGGCGGCGCUGUUAUUACUAUUGCUGGCGCCUACCUCCGUCUUCACGGUUACCCCCUUGACAUUUACACCUUUGGCUCCCCUCGCGUCGGCAAUGAGGCCUUUGCUACCUUUGUUACCGCACAGUCUGGCGCCGAGUACCGCCUUACUCACGUUGAUGAUCCCAUCCCCCGUCAGCCCCCUCUCCUAUUUGGCUACCGCCACACAAGCCCUGAGUAUUGGCUGUCUACCGGCAACGCCACGACAAUUAACUACAGCCUCGACGAGAUCAAGGUUUGCGAGGGCUUCAGUAACACCGAUUGCAACGCCGGGACAACUGGACUCGACACCGAAGCUCACGUGUACUACCUCCGCGCAACCCGCGCUUGUAAACCUGACAAAGGCUGA